AUGAGUGACCAUGAUGAUGUCAGUGAGGUUGUUGAAAUUGAUUUUGAAGUUGGACAUAGUUCAAUAAUUCGAUCAGAAGUCACAACUAGUCAUAAUCCUCCACGUACUCAUGAUUGGAAAAUAUAUUUACGUGCAGCUGAUGUGAAUGGUGAUUUAAGUUGUCUGAUACAACGUUGUAUAUUUUUUCUUCAUCCUGAAUAUCCUAAUAAUAAACGAGAAUUAAAAUCAACACCAUUUGCUAUUCAAGAAACCGGUUAUGCUGGUUUUCAUUUGGUAAUAAUACUUUUUCCUUUUAUUCCUUUGAUUUUUCUUUAUUUUAAUGUUUUAUUUCAGCCUAUAGAAAUAUAUUUCAAAACAAAAAAGGAACCAAAAAGAUUUCGUAUUGAAUAUGAUCUUGAUUUACAUAAAAAUAUCGAUGGACAUGCAUAUCGACAAAAAGAAAGCUAUGUACGAAAAUAUCGUUGUAGUUUUUACAAUCCUGAUUCUGAAUUUCGUCAAAAGAUUCUCGCUGCUGGUGGCGUAAGUUGGUUGAUUUUCUUUGUUGUAUUUAUGAUACAUAAAUGA